AUGUUGGCGCCGCAGUGGGGGGGACUCCCAUUCGUUGGCCGCAGGCGUUUGCGAAGCUUUCUGGCGCGGUGGUAUGAUGAAAGAGGAGAGCCCUUGAGCCUGCUCCGGACACCGGCGCCGUCUCCAGAGGCUUCAAAGAGCCGAGAUUCCUUGGAGAGUUCAGACGGAUUUGAGGAAGCAGAGUUCUUGAAGGAUUACUUCCAGUCACAAGAACAGACAUACCAUGCAGUGCUGAACUUCAUCAGUCAGGUGUCCAUCCAUCUCAACUACUGGCUGGACUGGGCCACACCCGUCCACCGCCGUCCUCGGUGGGCACAUCGCUUGGCUAGGAAGCUCUGGAGCAGUUGGUUGGUGCUGCUCGGUCGGCCCCAGAUCACUGCGCCCGAGCGCUGUGCUUCGCAAUUUGCGCGGCUCAACGAGGAACUCUGCAGACUUUUGGCUUUCAUCCAGGUGUCCUCCUUCGAGCUGCUUUCCUCCUGUUUGGACUCGGAGUCUGAUCGCUGCCAAGCGCUCACCAAGGCUCUUCAAGGUCUUGCCUGGCAGACACGUGCCGCAGCUUCCACCGCGGCGGAUUUGAACUUCGCCUCUCCUGCCACCAGGUGGAGGUGGCCUCCGACCUCCCAUUUGUGGGAGCAGGUGCAAGGUUUGGAAGACAUCUCUGCGUCGGAAUACUCCAGGGGUGCGAAGCAGUGGACGCUCUCUCAGGAGGAGUUGGUGAAGAAGGGCCGGCUCCAACUGCAGCAGAACGACUUGGCCUUCGAGGUCAUGGCCCAGAGCAUGACCAGCUUUAUAGAAAGCAACGGUCAGCUCAGCCAUUGGCGGAAAUGGUGGCCAAUCUACAGCAGUGCCACGCUGGGUACCUUGCUACUCUCCUGGAGGAUGCGCCUGUCGAACCGAUCGGUGCGACAUGCGUUGGCAAAGCAAGCUGAAGACGUCGUCGUUCAGUUCCUUCGUGAAUGGAUCGUGUCCCCGAUCGAGCAGCUGGUGGAGGCCCUUUUCUUGCGCAGACCCAAAGAUGAUUUGCGCGUGCAGCUUCGAGAUCUCAGAUCCGAAGAGGAGACCUUGGAUCGCAUGGUCUCUGGCUUUGCAAAGUUCGCUCGGGCGGAGUCACAGUUCCAGGCAGAAGCCACAGGCGCUGGAGACCAAGAGCUUCCGGAGCGGUACUUUGAGUGGUCCAUGACGAAACCCCUCAGCAACGUGAUCACAGGACACUUGAUGGAGUCUUGCAUGGUGCAGAGCCAGAAAUUGAAAGUGUUGCUUUAUGCCUCUUUAUAUUCGAUCGAUGCUGUUAUGACGCAGCUCAAGUGGGAUUUCUUAAUGGCUGGAGUCAUGCCCAUGACGCUUCUCUGUGUGUCAGCAUAUUGGAUCGUCUCCGGUUCCUGGCGGCGCCGCCAGUUAGUUUUCAGGAAAAAGAUGGUCCGGGCGCUUGCGGAGAUGGACCGCUACCUGAAUCGAAACACUCAGUCCUUGGCUCCUCGCCAAGUAUCCUUUGGAAUUGCCCAAUUGCAAAGCAGAGGCCAAAGCGUGUCUGUGAAGACACUGCUUCUGCAGGCGCUGGGCGGACAACCAGAUGAGGCCGCAGAUGCGCAAAGUCGCAUCAAGCCGCCCACUCCCUCGUCACUGCAUUGUCUUGCAGGAUUCGGCAACGAAGCUGUGGAUUUGGACAAGGUCGGAGCGGCCCUUUGCCACUGUGAUACUUUGUGCCGAUUAGCUUCAGUCUUCCGCCUGGAGGACUCUGAUUGGCGGUCAUUUCGCAGAGAUAUUCUGGACCUCUCGUCGCCGGAGUUGUCAGUUUCUGAGAAGCUCCACGUCGUUUCUACCAUGAGACACACGUAUCAUGUCUUUGACCUGCGUUUAUAG